AAUUUAAUAGCCACGAUGUCCUUUUAUCUCUUAAACCCAGAAAAUGCAAAGAAAUUAGAGGAGAAGGGAAUAAAGGUGAAUGUGGAACAAGAUUCUAAAAAAGAAGAAUCAGAGAGCAUGCCUCCUCAACAUCAUCCGAUAGACCAGACGAUCCCAAUAACACCUACUAAAACUGAACAAAAGAGAUACAAUGAACAGGCUACUUUAAAUUUACAGGAAAAUACUAAGAGAAAUCAAAAGUUGAGUGAAGAAGCAGUUCAGCUUAAAAAUAUCGAGAAGAAUAUUAUCAAACAAAUGAUUCAUGAAGGAUUUAUGGUGAGCCAAACAGCACCUUGACCUGCCAUUUACAAGAAUCUCAGUAACUGCAUAAAGAACCACUACGCAGAUGAAAACUACGAUGAACUUGUCGAAAAUUGAGGAUUUUACACUGAAAAACUGCUGUUAAAAAAAUGAAUUCAGUUGUCUAGCAUUAUCUAGCUCUAAUUCAACGUCAAUUUCCUCUCCCG